AUGUCUUCCACUCCGGUCCUCCCCCAAGCCGCCGGCUACGGUGUAGUCGUCGGAAUGGGUCUUGUCUUCUCGCUGUUCAUGAUUGGCGUGACCAAGGUUCAGAGCCGAUACACCUCGCACAAAUUGACAGCCGAGGAGUUCACUUCUGCAUCUCGAAGCGUCCCUCCUGGACUGGUCGCUUCGGGUAUCGUUUCCGCCUGGACAUGGGCUGCAACCCUCCUGCAAUCUUCCGCCACCGCGUACAAAUUCGGUAUCAGUGGACCGUGGUGGUAUGCAUCAGGCGCGACUGUACAGAUCCUGCUCUUCGCCAUGAUCGCUAGCAAGCUCAAGCAACACGCCCCUUACUGCCACACCUACCUCGAAAUCAUUCGCGCACGAUGGGGCAAAGUCGCUCACCUGACCUUCCUCUUCUUCGGAAUGGCCACCAACAUCAUCGUAUCCACCAUGCUCAUCCUGGGCGGUUCCGCGACCGUCACCGACCUCUCCGGUAUGAACACCGUCGCUGCUUGCUUCCUCAUUCCCCUCGGCGUCUCUAUCUACGUCCUCGCCGGUGGAAUGCGCGCCACUCUCAUUGCGGAUUACUCGCACACCCUUGUACUCUACUGCAUCCUCAUCGCCUUUGCGCUCACCGUAUAUGCCACCUCGCCCAUCCUCGGCUCGCCCGCACGCGUCUGGGACCUGCUCUACCAGGCCAGCGUCAGUUCGCCGGUCGUUGGCAAUGCUGAGGGAAGCUACUUGACUAUGAGGAGCAAGUCGGGGCUGAUCUUUGGUGUUCUCAACAUUGUCGGCAACUUUGGUACCGUUUUCAACGACCAGGCCUACUGGCAGCGCGCUAUCGCCUCUUCUCCCUCCACCUCUGUCAAGGCCUUCCUGCUUGGAGGUAUCGCAUGGUUCGGUAUCCCCAUGGGCAUCGCCACAUCCAUGGGUCUGGCCGCUGUCGCCCUUGCCCACGGCGACAACCCCGUCAUCUCACUCACCAAGAGCGAGGUCUCUGCCGGUCUCCCCGCUGUCAAGGCUGCUGCCGCGCUCAUGGGCCAAUCCGGUGCUAUUGCCAUGCUCAUCCUCCUUUUCCUCGCCGUCACAUCCGCUUGCUCGGCUGAGCAGAUCGCCGUCUCCUCGCUGCUCACCUACGACGUUUACGGCGCAUACAUCAACCCCAACCCGACCGAGAAGCAGAUUCUCUGGGCCACUCGGAUCAACAUUCUCGGCUACUCUAUCUUCAUGGGCGCCAUUGCCACCGCCUUCAACUAUAUCGGUGUCUCGAUGGGCUACCUCUACGAGCUAAUGGGCACGAUCAUUGGCUGCGCCGUCGUCCCCAUCGCCCUUUGCAUCACCUGGCGCAAGUGCAACGGCACCGGAGCGGUCGCCGGCGCUAUCGUCGGAUUCAUCGCCGCCAUCGCUGGCUGGAUCGGGAUCACCGCCAGCCUCAACGGCGGGGUCGUCACCGUCGACACCACCUUUGGCGACUACGAGAUGCUUACCGGCAACCUUCUCUCCAUCGGUGUCGGAGGCAUCAUCACCGUCGGCUGGUCCCUCAUCAGCCCUGCCGACUUUGACUGGGAGAUCACCCGCCGUAUCAACGCGCCCGUCCACGCUCCUUCCCACUCUACUGUCGAGACCUCGCUCGAGUCCCCCAGCCUCGAGACUCCGGGUGUCGAGAAGGACAAGUACUCGUCCAAGGAGACUACGGUCCCGACUCUCUCGAGCCCGCCCAACGAGAUGGAGAGCCAGGACGCGGACGAGGAGGAGCGCGUCAAUUUGCAAAAGGCCUUCCGCUUUGCCGCGUGGGCAGCUAUUGGCUUGACAUUCGUCUUGCUGAUCCUCAUCCCUCUGCCCUUGUUCUUCUCUUCUCAUGUCUAUCCCAAGGGAGGCUUCACAGCUUGGGUAUCGGUAUCGCUCAUCUGGCUCUUCGUGGGCUUGGCUAUGGUCGGUGUCUACCCCGCGUAUGAGGCAAGGCACGGCUUGCUGCAGGUAUUCAGGGGGAUCAAGGCGGACAUCACAAAGAGCAAGUAG